GGUGAUAGAUGCAACAGGAAAAGUGAAAAAACAAUUGAUGUCGUAGAAAAUCUAAAUCUCCAAAGCAAUUUGUCUCUAUUUAUUUAACACCGCUUUCCCUUGUUCCGUGCUUUAACAACUAACGUGUUUUGUUUCUACUUUCAUCAUCUCCUUCAUAGUUCUAUUGAAGAAUUUACGAUUCUGUUGAAGUGUUUUUGAGUGCUUGACUAAUUUUCAUUCAACUGUACUACAUGGCUGAGGAGGGUUACAGGGUUACUCUUAAUGUUUAUGAUCUAAGCCAAGGACUUGCUCGACAGCUUUCAACGUCGUUUUUGGGGAAAGCUAUUGAAGGGAUAUGGCACACAGGAAUUGUGGUUUAUGGCAAUGAGUACUUCUUUGGUGGUGGCAUACAACACUUGCCUGCUGGAUCAACACCAUACGGAACUCCACUCAAAGUGGUAGAGUUAGGAGUUACUCAUGUUCCAAAGGACGUGUUUGAAAUGUAUUUGCAGGAAAUCAAUCCGCGGUACUUGCCUGAAACCUAUAGUUUGCUUACUCACAACUGCAACAACUUCAGCAACGAAGUUGCUCAAUUUUUGGUUGGUGCUACGAUUCCUGAUUAUAUUCUUCAGCUCCCUAAUGAAGUUAUGAGCAGCCCAAUGGGUUCUCUUUUCUUGCCAAUGAUUCAGAAUUUAGAGACAACAUUAAAAUCCGGCGGAGUUCCACAAGUACCACAAUUCAGGCCUACCACAGUGAGUCCUGCUUCAAAUUUUGCCUCAGUCACCACCCAAAAGAGUUCAACUGCACCUAACUCAUCCACAGAGAAAAAGGCUAUUCCCAGUAAGGAAGUAGCAAAAGGCAAAGAAGAAGAUAAGAAGACAGAAAAUGCAGUGUCAGCUUCUGAAAAAGCAGCAGCAGCAUCAAAUGGUGUUGUAAAGGAUCCUUUAGGUGAUGCAAGGAGCAAGGUUCAAGAUGAGAUAAUCAAAGAGUUUGCUGCAAUAAUGGCAACUGGGACAAUGCGUGCUAGUGAAGCUGCAGCACUUGCUACUAGAAGAGUUAUGGAAAGACAUGGUCAGAUGUCUGUGUCACAGAGUUAACAACACUUGUUUCUGUCAUUUUUAUUUUAAUUUAGUUAACAAUUUGUUAUGUAUACAAUGUCACUGCAAUUGUUUGUGGUGGAUUUUUAAAUUAAAUUUGAGACACAAUUUAAUCACUCUCUUA